AUGAAAUUACGUUUAUAUAAACAUUACAUUAACGAGGACCGAUUUCUUGAAGUUUCUUCAAGCAAUCAAGAUUAUUCAACAGAGGAAGGUGCCGUUAAGGAUGAAUUCUACAUAAAAAAUAUAGAGCACGGAGAUGAAGAGUAUGAUCCUAGGCCAGAUUAUGAUGUUAGCGAACCCGUGGACAUGAAUCCAAAUCAACUUCCACCACAUAAAUUACGUGAUUCCACUGAGGCUAUCUCCCAGACCGAAGGAUUUUACAAUGAAGGUGAAGAUACGGGUCCUUCUAUAGAAGGUGAAUCAGAUACUUCAAGAAAAUUAUCCUCGCUUGUUGCGGCCUCUCAUCGAGAAGAAAGAAGGCCGGAGGAUAAACAAAAAAGCGCGAUGAAGGCAUCCGAAUUACAUGAAAACAUCACUGGUCACCCCUUGGAAAUUAACGAUCAAGGAGAAGUAGUUACCGAAACCUUAUAG